AUGCCUCGCUUUUACUACCUCCCUGCGGAGAUCCAAAACAUGAUCUUGGGCUUCACCUCGACCUCUCCCUCGGUCGCCUCCUACGCCGCCGUCAACAAACACUGGCAAUCCUUCUUCGAAGCAAAGACUUUUAAGAGCCUAAUCCUUCACCAAGACGACAUCAACGAGUUCUCACGCAUCGUCAAGGGCUAUAGGAGAAACUAUAUCAAGCAUCUCUGGCUUCGCGUUUCCCUGCCGGAAUACCCUACCGCUUUGUUUAAAGUAGAAGAAGAUCCCAAGGUCCUCUGGGAAGCAGACUGCGCCUUUACCGAAUCUGUUCACAACCUCUGGGGUGUCCUUUCAAAAUGGGACGCCCCCCGACAUGAGCGCUACGGACUCACUUUCGAACUGAGCGUUCAUUCUCCCAGUGAUUGGGCGACCUAUAUCAACGACGACGACUCCACCAAGAUGGACGUUGAUCUCUACAAGCAAUACCUCGCAACCGGGUCCACAGAAUCUUAUAAGAACUCCGAAGACGUGCACUCAGCAUAUGAGACCCUCGGCGACACCUUGAGCAGUAUUGGGAUCCCGACUCCAAUUCAACAUGCCUACUGGCAUGCCACCACACACAGCCUCCUGGGGUGGAAGCCCCUAAGCUUUGCUUUUGAAAAGGCUAGCUAUGACGACGACUCGGGGUAUUUCAGUGAAGACACAGCGACUCCUGUCGGUGAAGACACGACAGCUCCUAUCAGCGAAGACACAGCAAUUCCCAUCAGCAAAGAAGAAUCAGCAAAUUAUCACAAUACCGAACAACAACUCCCAGCAGUACCAGUCAUCACCAAGAUGCUCAUCCGCCGCCAACAGUUCCGCUGCAUUGCACCCGAAGUACUGGGAACAAUGACCGAAACCCUCCCCAACAUCCAAGAAAUCAGCAUCGAAAGAUGGCGAUGCCAAGAAGCGAUCGAUGAGAAAGACUGGUGUCGAUCCGCACAUUUCACAUUCGGCAUGGGUCUACCGCCGUCUCUCAAAACACUAUCCCUAUAUGGCGAAAUAAGUGAGAUAUUCCAUACAUGGACAUCCAAGGAUGUCAAGGCCUUGAGCCUUGCGAAGUCUCUGCGGCAGUACACCAAACACCUAGAAAGCCUAUCAGUUUCGCACCUCAUCGAUGCAAAAGAGUUCUUACGACCAUUUUGGUCCGCCAAAUCAGACACAGAAUCACUACCUAAAUGGGAGCAUCUCAAGACCCUAUCACUCACAUCCGAGAUCCUCAACACAGACUCCGAGAAGGAAAUCAACAAGCUACUCUGUGCCGCUGCCCGCGCGGCUAGAAAGAUGCCAAACCUUCAACUGCUGGAACUCUGGAAUGGCAAAGAUGGACAAGCAGGUGUAUUCAGAUAUCAAGUUAUUAAUUCCAACGGAGAGAUCAAAUGGCGUGGCACUGGGGCAAACUACCUUGAUGCGCAAGUCUUACAAGAGUGGAGGCAGACAUCGAUACUACAUGGACAGCGGGACUUGCGAGAAUCAACAUCCAAACUCAGACCGGAAGAAAUUUCCCAUACAGGAGCAGUCCUUCGGCAUUUGCAAUCGAGAGAACGAGUAUUACAUCCUGUGUCAGGCUACAGAGCCAGUUGUGAGCUAUGA